AUGCCUGUGAUCGCUCCCGACGCUUCCCCCUUCAAGAAGAACGACAGCGGCUCUUCCACCCAGCAAAAGAGCGAGACGAAGAAGGCCCACGCAAUGGACCACAUAUCCAAGGGACCUGCCAUUCCCGAAGAAAUGCCGCCCAAAGCAUCUAAGGAAGAGAUCGACGCACGCAUGAAAGAACUCAAUAAGAAAUAG